CCGCGACGGCUACGGCUCCCGAAGGCAGCGCGAUUACGAAAGCAAUAUUGAAUUGCAAAACUCCGCGCGCGUACAUACACGCGACAAUUACACGUUGCCGAAUAAGAUGAAGGCAUGACUUCUGUGUCUUUUGUUUUUUUCUCUUUUCUCUUUCUUUCUCUCUUUUCUGCCUACUUUUUCCGACGGUUCUUUUGCGAUUGCUUGCGCAUAGGAUCUAUCGAUCGGCGACGAGAUCGAGAUCGAUGAGGAUUGAAGGCGCGAAGGAUUGACGGAGGAAUUGGAAAACGAGAGCAUUUCUCGAUGCGCCCGCGUGAUAGUAGAUUAGAAUGAAUAUAACCUCAACUCGAUAUGAGUUUGCGAUAAAGCAUCCAGACUUCCUGACGAUCUACUAUGAUGAGCAAUUUUAUAGAUGCGCAUUGGUUUCCCCUGGCGUCACAGGGGAACAUUUAUUCCAUGACCAAACUGUGCUCACCUAACAGUCCCAACAAGCUGUUAGUGGCGUCCUUGAAGAGAAAGAUAUACUCCUGCGAGUAUCAUCAAACAUCGGAAUUUCUAAGACCCAUGGUGAAGGAAUUAUUGUUUACAUAUAUACCCAGUGGCGCAGAAAUUAUUUCCAUCGAUGCUUACAACAAAUCUGACAUUGGGGACAGUUUUGUAAUAGGCAUAACGAUUAUGAAGACGAGUACAGACACGAUAGAAAGAUACUUGAACAUAUACACAGAAGGUGCAAUAGACGGCGAGGGAGACGAAGGUAGUUCGAUCGAAGCCAUAGCGCAGAAUUGUCUUAUGGUGGAACUGUCAUACACCCCUUAUCAUCUGUAUCACACUGUUUUACCACAAGAAAGUUCUAUGCAAGAGGUAGUCUGGCUAAUAUCUGGAAGCGAUUACAGGAUUCAUAUGAUAAGGGAAGAUAAACUAAGCCACGUUUAUAGUGAGUCCCCUAUCGAAAAAUAUUUCCCGGAAUUGCAUGACAUCCAAGCAAUUGUGCUGUGGAUCAAUAUUCAUUAUUAUGACAAUUACAAGCAGAGGGUUACCGCCAUCGGCUGUGAAUGCGGUCUGGUCAAAGUUGCCAUAGUGAAUGUUGUGGACUUGCAAAUCUCUCAAAGUUGGCUGCUGAGAUACGAUAAACCUGUACCGAAUGUGAUAGUAUUCCCACAUAGGAACAUUAUUAGUAAACCAGCCUUCAUAAACAUUAACUCUGAGGAAUGUGUCCCAAAGGAUGACGUCCCGAAAUUAAAUGUUAUUAUUUCAAAUACAAGUAACGCUGUUGUCUUUAAAGACAUCUUGCGGCAUGGGCUGAAACAGGACGUGAUAUUGAGCGGCAGCGAAUCGUCGGAUUGUAUUUUGUGCUGUUGUAUAGCGGACAUAAAUAUGGAUGGCCAAAACGAAAUAUUACUUGGUACCUAUGGCCAGGAAGUUCUGAUUUUCACGUUGCUAGGUGACACGUGGGAACUUGCUACCAGAAAAUUAUUUGAUGCUCCCGUGCAUUCCAUAAGCUACAUGGACAUAACGAACGAUGGAGCAAAGGAACUGAUCGUACUCACGCAACGAGGUGUACACAUAUUACAGCAUAAUAUAGCUGACAUACGAGCAAAGUGGAAAGAACGUUAUAGAAAAUUAUUAGAUGUACCAAUUCAAAAAUAAUUGUAAGCAGAAAAUUAAAGAGGCUAAGAUAGAUUUGAACUUGGAAUUCAUCAGGCUAGCACUUUCAUGGUCACGCUGCUCCAACUGUUCUUCUAUUACAUUAGUUUAUAAUCGUCCAAACCGACUAGAGCUUUCUAGUUCUGUAUUAUUCAAUAAGUCUUUUUGACUCCAAAUAUUUUACAUAAUUGUACACUUGUAAAAAAGAAAAGAUCAUAUCUUCCUAUACAUUUUAUAUGUUUGUAUGUAUUGUAUAUAUUAUUUGUAAUUAUGAUAAAAUAAAAGAUGAGGAAAUAA